AUGCAGUGGAAAGCUCUGGCUCUUGCGCUUCUCGUGGAGCAUGGCUCCGGCCAAAUAUUCCCGAUGAUGCGUUUCGGCUGCUCGCAGCUCGUCGUCGACCGCAUAGACCCUCUGGUCAGCCCCGGGUCCAUCCCGUCGCCUCACCUCCACCAGAUCGUCGGCGGCAACUCGUUCAACGCCACCAUGGACCCGGCGACGCACGAUCUCCCCACCGGCUCGACCUGCACUAGCUGCACCUUCUCCGAGGACUUCUCCAAUUACUGGACCGCCGUUCUGUAUUUCCGCGCCCGCAACGGCACCUUCACCCGCGUGCCCCAGUUCGAGAGCGAGGGCCUCACCGCGAACGGCGGCAUCACCGUAUAUUACAUCCCGGCGGCGGAUGGGCGGACCAAGGUGACGGCCUUCAAGCCCGGCUUCCGGAUGCUCGUCGGCGACGCCGCGCUGCGGUCGCCGGGCGAGGCGCGCAAGGUGUGCCACCGCUGCAUGCCCGUGUCGGGAGACAACAGCAACAUCAACUGCGGCGCUCCGGACAGCCAGACCUUGCCCACGAGCUUCUGCCCCGGCGGCAUCCGCUCCGUCAUCACCUUCCCCACCUGCUGGGACGGCAAGAAUACCGACAGCCCCGACCACAAGAGCCACGUCGCCUACCCGAUCUCGGGAUCCUCCGACACGGGCGUUGGGCCGUCCGGGACCUGUCCCGCGAGCCACCCCGUCAAGAUCCCCCAAGUGAUGCUAGAAGUCAUGUGGGACACGCGACCUUUCAACAACAAGGACCUAUGGCCCGAAGAUGGCUCGCAGCCUUUCGUGUGGAGCACCGGUGAUAAGGAUGGAUACUCGCAGCACGGCGACUACGUCUUCGGCUGGGAAGGCGACUCUCUCCAACGCGCUAUGGACGCGCGCUGCAACGGCGACAUCUGCAGCGUGCUAAAGAUGCAGUCUCCGGAGGAGGCGAUAAACUGCACCCUGCCGCGCGUUGUCGAGGAGCAGAUCGACGGAUGGCUGACUGAAAUACCGGGGAUGGCCAUGGAGAGUUAG